AGGGAAAGGAAAAAAGAGAUGAAUAGUAACAUGGAAAUGAGUACCAUUGAGGUUCCAACUGUGGAUGGGAUUAAGAGGAAAGAGGACGAGGUCUCCCAUACUGAACCGAUUUCUUUCCAAUAUUUCCUGGAUCUGGUAGGAACUAGUGGACCCUGGAACUAUCUGGUUUUCCUACUUUGUGCUACAUAUUCCUUCGUGAGUCCCUUUCAGACGCUCUCUUACCAGUUCUUAGGAGACACUCCAGACCACUGGUGCCACAUCCCUGAGUUAGUCGAUGCUAACUGGACGGAUCUUCAGAUUCUUCGUUUUGCCGUUCCUUUUGACAAUGCCACGGAGAAGUACGACGGAUGUCUUAUGCGCAAUCUCAAUUACUCCUCUGCUGCUGAACUUGGGUACGAGGAGAGCCUGGGGCAAUUGGAUGCCCUGACUAUAGACGACAGGGAAAUCAAGUGUCCAACGAGAGACUUUAAUUUGACUGAUUUCCCGUCGACGGUUGUGACCGAGUGGGAUCUCGUCUGUAACAGAAGAUUCCUAUAUUCAACCACCUUCUCUGCCAGUUUCUUCGCCAGUUUGUUUACUUCACCUUUAACAGGUUUCAUCAUUGAUGCGUUUGGUCGCCGAUUGAGUCUGCUAGUGAGCUUGGCUCUGUUCAUACCAAGCGGCUUGUUGGCAGCAGCCUCUACCAACUUCGUUAUGUAUUUAAUUCUACGGAUCCUCGUUUUCCAGUUUAAUAUGUGCUGCUACAUGGCGAGCUAUGUUUUGUGUGAGUACUAUAGGUUUCUCUGUCUUGUUAUCUGUUCUAGGAUUUACCUAGGUUUUUGUAUGAUAGUUUGUAUUUGACAAGUAUGCGUCUUUGAUAUUUUGUCACAAAUACUCAUUUCCUACGCAACUGUAUUUGCUUAGAAAGUUUUCCCUUUCAUCAACUCCAUCAGUCCUGGUGACCUAAAACAUCCAAGUGUCAGAUCAGACUUUUCCAUCUCUGAAGUCUAGCUUGAUCUUUCCUUUCAUCCUAAAAUUUUCCAAGAUCUCUUACCAGAUUACCGUGUAUUUGCAUAUUUCUACUCCAUGUUUCCAUCAGAUUCCCCCUCCCCCAUAUAGUCUUCAUUAAGACAUUAUAGUGAGGAGGGUCUGUUCCGGAACGACAGAAAUGCCUGACUUUGACAGACAGAGAGGCACGAGUUUUGAAUAAUUGUGAGUCGCCUUGGUAGUGGCGCAGAUAAAAUUUUGACUCGAUUCUCUGUGACGGAUUCCUCACCCACUCUGAAUGGAGAGUUUUUCGUUCAUG